AUGAAGAUCUCUGCGCCGGUCGAGGGAUCCGGUUGGUCGGUUGGUCGGUUUACUGUCGGCCUGGAAACACAGAACUCCUCCAACCCUGCAGCCCUCCAACCCUGCAGCCCUCCAGCCCUCCAACCCUGCAGCCCUCCUCCAGCCCUGCAGCCCUCCAACCCUCCAACCCUGCAGCCCUCCAACCCUGCAGCCCUCCAGCCCUGCAGCCCUCCAACCCUGCAGCCCUCCAACCCUCCAACCCUGCAGCCCUCCAACCCUGCAGCCCUCCAGCCCUCCAGCCCUCCAGCCCUGCAGCCCUCCAACCCUCCAACCCUGCAGCCCUCCAACCCUGCAGCCCUCCAGCCCUGCAGCCCUCCAACCCUGCAGCCCUCCAACCCUGCAGCCCUCCAACCCUCCAGCCCUCCAACCCUGCAGCCCUCCAGCCCUCCAACCCUCCAACCCUCCAACCCUGCAGCCCUCCAGCCCUCCUCCAGCCCUCCAGCGGGACCCUGA